AUGGAGGAGACGUUAACCACUAUCAAAUCUGAAAACAGCCAAGGCAAAAAGAAAACGCGACGGCGAGGACCACGAUUGACCGGAGUUAGCCGGCAGCGGAGAAUGGCCAACGCUCGAGAGCGAAGCAGGGUGCAGACCCUUAAUGCACACAUCGAAAGGCUCCGGGACUUAAUACCUCUUUUUCCUGGAGAGAAGAAACCUUCGAAGACAGAAACCAUCCGAUUAGCGGCCGUUUACAUCUCCUGUCUCACGGAAAUUUUGGAGGCGACACCAGAAGGCCUCGAGAGAAUUUCCACCGAGGAAUUGAUGCCCCCUUUUCCAGGACUCGAGGACGGUUUGGUUUUGGGUGGCUUACCGGGUUUGCCUCAAUUGUGUUUAGACCCGUUCGCUGACGAAGGUAAGCGAUGAAGUUUUCGACUCAAUUAUUGCAUGUGUACGUAAGUACAUGUGCUGUGGAUCACUGUCAUCAAUUUCAUAGCCUGAUCUAUACCAUGGGAGGUCUGAUAAUUCUAAGUAAUUAAUCUUUCCGCCUUUGUUUUUUUACGUUUUUUCCAACUUCUGGUACCGGAAGGAUCUAUUUUAGAACCAAUUUAUAAUAUUUGCUGCAAAUAUUUAAACAAUCGCGUUGUGAAAUGUUUGAGAUUUGUCCGUAGAUUAUGGAUGGCCCUUUUGAAACAUGUUUACAUGUUAUAACUCUUUUUCACUGGUAAAAUAAACAAUUAGUAUUGUCUAUUUAAAAAAAUGUCUUUCAAGGUGGCGGCGUUCAUCCCCUGAAAUUGCUUCCGAGAUAUAAGGGCCCUGAGAUGAAUAUUUGUACAUUUUAAUACUUGAAUUGAAUUGUAACUUUGUAAUAAAAUUAAAAGGACUGAAUUGUUGAAUUCGAAACUUAAAGUAAAUCUUUAAAUCCGCCAAGCUGCACUUAACAUUUAUUUGUUUGUGUUGUUUUUAUUGAUGUAUCAAUUUUCUGUUUGUGUUUAGACAACCUAUUGGACCUGGAUCUCGCAGACUACAUGUGGGAGGAAUUCGAAUAG